UCUUCAUCUUCGCGAAAAAAUUGAAAUUAAUUUUCUGGUUCUAGAAGCACCUCAUUGCGGAAACAAGUCAUUUCCAGAUCGGUUGUUGGUUUGCUUGUUCAGUUCAGCGUACUUAUAAAAUGGAAAUUACCUCAAGAGUCAUCUUUUUAGUUCUGGUAGCAAUAAUCUCCAUCACAAAAAUCGAAUGCAUCCCAUUCCAGCGUACAGCUGACGACGGUGAAUUGGUUCAGCGUCACAGCCGUGACGAACUGCUUCAACUCUUCCAGGAAGACGUGAAACUUUUCUCAUCCAGCCAUAGUAACGACAUCAGCUCGGAGGAGGUAUUCAAAAAUGUGCUGCUGGAGAUGGGUAAAAGUACUACCAUAAGUCCGGUCCAGAUUCAACAGAUUCGAAAUCUCAUUGAAAAGUACACUGCCGGAACGUACCAGUGAUUCGACGAGUUUCGUGCUGUUGAUAUGAAUGGAUUUGUUAUUUCACUUACAAAACAUGACAUGAUAUCUAAUCACGUAAAGGCUGUUAAAAUCUUUGAGAAUAGGUUUGUUUAAUUCCAUGUGAUGCAAAUUUCAAUAGAAAUAAAUACAUGAAACGGUACAACCGACCCACUUCAAUCAAA